UUUAACGGUAAAUGAAAUGUUACAUUGGAAUCCUGGAAACGGCACACAGCCCAACUUUUGAAGCGUACAGCGACCCGGAUGCAGUUACGCAGACGGGAUGGAUCGAGGCCCAGAACUCGAGUUGCUGUGAGAUCGAGCGAUUUACAGGCAGGGCGAGUACGGGAACAACUGGCGUGGUUUAGCUUACUGUUUACAAACAUUUAGGCGGACUUCUACCUUCUACUGCACAAAGUAUGAGGCACAAAGGAUAUUCCGGGAGCGACUGCAAACUUUGAAUUGGCUUCUGGAGAGUAAAAUUAGUCCUUUUGGGAAGUUCUGUGAUUGUUUUUUGGCGCUCUGAAACGGGGCUGGAGAGAGAAGAGACGGGAGUUUGGUCCCCACUCCUUUUCCGAGGAGAAGGGAUUUCGCUCACGAAAAGUACAUAAAACAAGGGGUCCUGUGCACUCUUUCCACAGGAAUUGUACUUCCAUCCUUAAACAUCUUUCCUCCAGUGUGAUGGUGUGGUGAAUCAUGGCUGUGGUACAGGCACUGGGGAGGGCAGCAGGAACACUGAUGGCUGGAUCCAGAGAUCAAAUGGUCUUCUAAAGAAGUCAUGGGUAGCUGCUGUAGCUGUCCAGACAAAGACUCGAUCCCCGAUAACCAUCAGAGCAAAUUCAAGGUGAUUAAUGUGGAUGACGAUGGGAAUGAGCUGGGCUCAGGCGUGAUGGAGCUGACGGAGGAGGAGCUGAUUCUGCACACGCGCAAGCGUCACGCCGUCAGGUGGCCCUACCUGUGCCUGCGUCGCUAUGGAUACGACUCCAACCUCUUCUCCUUCGAGAGCGGCCGCCGCUGCCAGACAGGCCAGGGGAUCUUUGCCUUUAAGUGUGCUCGGGCGGAGGAGCUGUUCAACAUGCUGCAGGACCUCAUGCACAGCAACAGCAUCAGCGUGGUGGAGGAGCCGGUGCUGGAGCCAGCCCACCAGGGGGCGCCAGAGAGCCACAUACCCCUCACCCCACGAACACCAACGACUCCAGGCUAUGCGGUCCCCUCCUUGGCGAACGGUAUCCCGCGGUACCCGUCUUUUGGGGACGCCCCCUCCCGGCCCUCCAGCAGACACCCCUCCUCUGGGAGCGCCCGGCUGCCCUCGGUGGGGGAGGGGUCCACACACCCCCUCCUGGCCCCGGACCAGCUGGUGCACACCUACGUGAACACAGCGGGGAUGCAGGACGAGAGGCGGAGCCGGAACAGUGCCCCGCCCCCACUGGAGCUGCGUGGGGCGGAGCCUGAGCGGGAGGGGGCGGAGCCUGCGGAGGCGGAACCUCAGGUGCUGCUGGACCCUGCGGGGGUGCGGUUUGUCCUGGGCCCCACCCCCGUGCAGAGGCAACUGGCCAAGGAGAGGCAGGAGGUGUGGCCUGUAGAACUAGGGGCGGGGCCUGCAGAGCAGGGGGGCGGGGCCGGGGAGCCUCCCGCUGUUUCGCCGGCCGGUGGGCGGAGCCUGGACGGGGUCGCGGGCGACGGGGACACGGGCUACGACAGCGACGAACGCAAGGAGGCGGGGCCGGGCGCCAAGCUGGCCUACGAGCACCUGAACGGCUCCGGCCCCGCCCCCUCCUCCCGCCGCCCGCGGCCCCCGCCCCCUCCCACGCCCGAGGCCCCGCCCCCCAACGCCAACAACUCGGCCCAGCGGCGGACCGCCCUGCUGAACUACGAGAACCUGCCGGCCCUGGAGCCCGUGUGGGAGACACGGAGGCACAGCGCGGAGGAGGAGGAGCCCCGCUCCCCGUCCGUCAACGGGCACUGCUACAUGAACACGGAGGGCGUGACCGUGCCCCACAGCGCCCCCUACCGGCGGCCCGAUGCCGCCACGCCCACCGUCUUCAACUUCGACUUCCGGCGCGCGGGCGGGGAGCUGAACUACAUCGAGGUGGAGAUGGAGCGGGAGCGCGGGUCGGACUGCAGCACCCCCCACACCCCCAAAACCCCCACCACGCCCCUGCCCCACACGCCCACGCGCAGGACAGAGCUGUACGCCGUCAUCGACAUCCAGCGCACCAACGCCAUGUCCAGCCUGCAGAACGCCCUGCCCCGCGACGACGGGACGUCCAGGAAGACCCGCCACAACAGCACCGACCUGCCCAUGUGACCCGCACCAUGUGACCCGCACCAUGUGACCCGCACCAUGUGACCCGCACCAUGUGACCCCGCACGCGCUCAAACCACGCACCUGCCCAUGUGACCCGCACCGUGUGACCCCCGCACCAUGUGACCCCCGCACCAUGUGACCCCCGCACCAUGUGACCCCCGCACCAUGUGACCCCGCACCAUGUGACCCGGCACACGCUCAAACCACACACCUGCCUAUGUGACCCCGCACCAUGUGACCCCCGCACACACUCUCACUGCACCUCCUCUUAAACCCUUGUGGAAGAUGGAAGGCGUUCUUUCCAAAUGUACAAAAUAAAUAGAGGAAACGGAAGGACAUAAUUGCGGUGAAGGCAGUUAAAGCAGACCCCGCCCUCACCCUGCAGCACUGUGUUAUCACCACGGUAACCUGCUGCCCUGUCCUGCCCCCUCAGCUCCCCUGGUGCCUGUGCUAUGUCAGUGACGAGGUCUCAGCUCAUUCCCCACGGUACGACUGCUAACGCUAAGGUCUCUGCUAACGUCACCGCUAAUGCUAAGGUCACUGGUAACAGUCACCAUUAACGAUACGGUUACCGCUAACGGUCACUGCUAACGUCACAGCUAAUGCUAAGGUCACUGGUAAAGGUCACCAUUAACGAUACGGUUACCGCUAACGGUCACUGCUAACGUUACCGCUAAUGCUAAAGGUCACUGGUAACGGUCACCAUUAACGAUACGGUUACCGCUAACGGUCACUGCUAACGUCACAGCUAACGUCACAGCUAAUGCUAAGGUCACUGGUAACGGUCACCAUUAACGAUACGGUUACCGCUAACGGUCACUGCUAACGUCACCGCUAAUGCUAAAGGUCACUGGUAAAGGUCACCAUUAACGAUACGGUUACCGCUAACGGUCACUGCUAACGUUACCGCUAAUGCUAAAGGUCACUGGUAACGGUCACCAUUAACGAUACGGUUACCGCUAACGGUCACUGCUAAUGUCACCGCUGAUGCUAUGGUCACUGCUAACGGACACUGCUAAUGCUUCGGUCACUGCUCACGGUUACUGCCAAUGCUACGGUCACCGCUAACACUAGUCUCCUCAAAACCAUGCACUACGGUACGCCUCUUGCGCUCAAGUGUCUGAAGAAUAUGGGCACACUUUGUGUCACCUAAAGGCCUAAUUGUUUUCAUGUUUUUUGGUGUAUUUUUUUUAGUUUUGUCCUGGUUGCAUUUAAGGUGGCCUCUGGUGCCAUCUUGCCUUGCCUGUCGCAUGCAGGUGGGCGUAAGAUCCUUGGGUAACACUAAGAUGCGAUAUCUGCACAGAUAACUCACAGAGUACGACACCGCCUCAGAGAAGGCAAUAUGGACCAGCGGUUAGCUGUGUUUUUCAUCACGCGAGAAACACGCCCUUCCCCGUUUCAGUGCGUCUCUUGCUGAAGACACAUCACUGAAGACCUGAAGACACGCCGUGAAAUUAACAGGAUUACGUGUCGUGUGUCCUGAAGAAGCGGCCAAUGAGUGUCAUUUAAAAUAUUGACAAAUAUUCACGUGUAACGGAGAAUACUGCUGCCCCGUGUUGCCUUCAGUGAGGCACAGCUUAACCACACAGGCAUGGCUUGUGUGGCUGAAGUGUUAAAAGGGUCAACAGACCUUUUGCUCAAAUACAGACCCCCGUGCUGUCUCCUCCAGUAAUUAAUAUAACGCUGAAGCUGUUUACUCCACGGCCAGGAACCUCCUCAAGUCCCGGUCAUCGGUCACUCUUUCAGCGCCCUGUUGUAAAAUGUAUUAUAUAUUCUAACUUUACGUACAUUAAAGAUGCUUAAAUAGAGGAAUUGUAUAAAAGUAGAUGAAUAGAUGUUUAUGGAAGCAGGAAAAUGGUAGAAUGUCCCUGCCCUGCCUGUUGUCCUUCCCCAGAGCCCCAGAGCCCCAGAGCCCCAGAGCCCCAGAGCCCCAGAGCCCCAGAGCCCCAGAGCCCCAGAGCCCCAGAGCCCCAGAGCCCCAGAGCCCCAGAGCAGGGCAGUCUGCAGGCGUCCCUCAGGCUGUGGGCCUUCACUGCCUGGCCGCUGGCUACUCUUACCAUGUUACAUUUUUAUUGAAAUCUAUUUUAAUAUUUGAAUUUUUCACCUAUGGAUAUUAGUUUUGCCAAAAUGUUUGCAUUUUUUUAAAAAUGGGGAGGCGGGGGGGAAGCAUAAUGUUGUAUUUUGUGAUAUCUACAUAUUUGUGAUAUACAAACCAUGCCAACACCUUAUUUCUUGUAGCAUGGCAAAAUAAAAA